AUGGCUCUGAAAAACCAGUUUAUGUUACCAGUAUCCGCUGGAGCGAAAUAUCUUGAGUGUGGAAAACAAAAGCCUAAGAAGAAAAGCAGGAGGAGAAAGAUUGUAAACUCUUUGGGUAUUGACAAAUGGAAUGGUGAUGGGCAAAAGAGGGGACAGCACAAAAUAUCAUUUCAUUCUAGCAAAGCCAACGUGGGAGAAGCUCCGUUCUUACACGGCAUCCUUCGGGGAUUUCCAAAGGGUAAGUCUAUUUCACAGGACAAAUCUUCAUGUAUCGUUCAUCUAGGACAGGACAGUGUGAAAUUUAAUCAGCUUGCGACUUUAACAAUUUCGACUCAAGAAUUAGAACAGCGACCAGAAAUAGAAUACAUCACUGUUUCGCUUGAAGCGCAAAGUCGAGAUUAUACCCCUGAGAUAGAGCUAGACUUAGAGCCGAGAAACGUCCAUUGGUAUGGAGGAUCCGAGCUGUUCACACAACAAUGGCCAAUGACCAACACCUUAAUGGUUGACGGUCCGUACUUGUCAAAUGACUAUGUGGACAGAAGACAUACGAGGGAGUGCGGACCAGUCCUUGAAAGGUACUGGAUUAAUUCCCGUGGAGUUGGAGUAUGUGUGGAUAAUACUGUGCCUCUGCAUGUGAGCUGGGAUGGAACUUAUGGGCGGUUCAGACUGAAAGCAAAAUACGACAAUUCACAGUACAGCAGCAUGAAAUGUUCGGACGACAGCUUGCCAGUAUUAUGCCUAACUAUCUAUAAGGCGUCCAAUGUGAAAGAAGUGCAUCAGACCAUGUCCAGCAUCUGCUUCAGUAAACCAUUGGGGAAACCCGACGAACGGAUGAUCAGGAGUCCCAUCUGGUCCACAUGGGCAACAUACAAAGUCAACAUCGAUCAGAAGAAAAUCUUGGACCUUGCUCAAGAUAUUCUGAGUCACGGCUUCUCCAAUAGUCAGUUAGAGAUUGAUGACAUGUUUUCCAGUUCAUAUGGAGACAUUGAUUUCAGUGAAGCGAAGUUUGGUGAUCCUAAAGCAAUGAUGGACACGUUGAAAAAUAUGGGCUUCAGAGUGACACUCUGGGUUGUGCCAUUUGCCAACAUAGACUCAACUGCGUUCAAAGAAGGAACGAAGGAAGGCUAUUUCAUGAAGGAACCUCGUGGUGAAGCCCCAGCCUUGGUAAGAUGGUGGCAAGGUAUUGGUGCCGUCCUAGAUCUGACCAAUCCGCAGGCUGUUGAGUGGUACUCCAAGAGACUUCGAAAUAUUCAACAAGACUAUGGUGUCGACUCUUUCAAGUUCGACGCAGGCGAAUUGGUCUACUUGCCCAUGAACUUCAAAACAUUCCGGCCUAUGAAAACACCUGGUGAAUACACGACCCUGUACGGGAAGCUGAUUGGAAGUUUCGGAGGUAUGGUCGAGAUGAGAUCGGCCUUUAUGUCGCAGGAAUAUGCUUAUUUUGUUCGAGUUAUGGACAAAGAAUCCUGCUGGGGAUAUGAGAAUGGCUUGUUGUCAAUGAUUCCAUCUGUUCUAACUAUUGGUCUACUUGGAUAUCCUUACGUUCUUCCUGAUAUGAUUGGAGGGAAUGCUUAUGGCGAAAACGGAGAAAUACUCGAGACUGUUCUGCCCCAGAGGGAGUUGUAUAUCCGCUGGCUGGAGUUGACGGCCUAUCUACCCUCCAUGCAGUUCUCCGUGUUACCAUGGCAAUAUGAUGAAGAGGUUGUGCAAUUGGCCAGGAAGUUCGUGAACAUUCAUGAAAGGAUGGUGGCUCCGCGUGUUCUAGAAGCCAUCGAGGACGCCCAGGCAAAUGGCAUACCCUUGAUCCGUCCAAUCUGGUGGCUGGCUCCGGAAGAUGAGGACGCCCUUCAGGUAGACUCGGAGUUUAUGGUGGGAGACUUCUUACUCGUGGCUCCAAUACUAGAGGAUGCUCAGCGACAGAGAAGUAUAUACUUGCCGGAGGGCAAAUGGCGGGAUGAACUUCGUGGUUGUGAGCUAGAUGGCAAGAUAUGGCUACAAGACUACAGAAUUGAACUAGAUCAAGUGGCUACCUUUGUAAAGUUUUGAACUAUGGACUGAUUAUUCAUAAAUGCUGCUGCAUUCUAACUUAUGAAAUACCCGUUCCCAAAUAUUCUUCCGUCAUCAGGUGAACUUGUUUGCCUCUGCCAUGUUCUACAUAAGUAGGUGUGUUUGUUUUAAGAAUUAGUGAAAUGUUUACUCCGAUAAGCAGAUCUGGUAUUUUUAUAUCUUGUUACGCAUUGAUAUGUUCUUCACCUUCACAUUUACACAAGGUUUGAUAAACCGUGUCUUAAAAAAAUGUUGCCAGAUUUUUUAGUGCAAUACAUCUGGCCUAAAUUUUAAAUCCGAUCAGGCGUAUGUGUAAGUAUGGAUUGAGAUUUGAUAUUAUAUUCGUGUACAAUACAAAAGAAAGAAAGAAGCUCAACGUUUUCCAUCAGUGUAGACAAGAUGUUGCUUGUAGAACAAACCAGGCUAAAGUCAGUUUACAGUGACUGGUAAAAUACGCAUAGUGUCUUGGAUAUAAUGUUUUGUUGAGACAGCAUCAUAAAGCAUUAUAAGUUUACGAAACUUAACUAUAGCUUACAAUUACUUCGAUCUGCAUUGUGUUGACCGGGAUCUGACUAGCAGUGUGAACCCGAGUCAUAAAACCUUGACUUGCAAUGCUUACCUGGCUUGCAAUGUGAACUUGAAAUGAAGUGAAUCUGGUUUCCAUUUACGUUCACCUGGUUUCUAACUACGUGAACCUGGCUUGUAAUUAUGUGAACCUGACUUCCAAUGACGUGAAUUUGGCUUGCUAGUACGUGAACCUGGCUUGCAAUGACGUGAUAUUGGCUUGCUUGGACGUGAAUUUGGCUUGACGUGAUGAUGUAAAU